GACAGUGGCAGGUGAUUCAGCUCUUCUCUGUGGAUGCUGAGCAGAGGAGGCGCGCGGGAGGGGCAGCUGUGUCUUCACUAAUUAUGCUAUUCUAACGAGCGCAAGGGGAUCAGGACGGAGCAAAACCAGAAUAUUUCACAGGCAAAAACCCCUCAAAAAAACGGUUAUGCCUCUUUUACAGUGGACUUAUGUCCUGUCAUAUUUGACAGCAUCGUUUUAAGGAAAAACAUUGCGAAUCGGACAUUUUGUGAUACGAGCGCGUUUAGUUCCACAAACUGAAUAUAAAACAGCUUUGAGGAAAGGAAGAUAUUGACAUAACAGAAGGUAAGACGUUGGCAAACCAUCAUGGCAUGGCCCUGUAUCUCCAGAGUCUGCUGUAUGGCUCGGUUCUGGAACCAGCUGGACAAGGGCGACAUCGCGGUGCCGUUGGUUUUCACCAAGUACUCGGACGUGUCCGAAAUGCAGCAUCUUCACCUGCAGCAGCCUGCGUCGAAGGUCGCCAUAGAAACGCAGCCGCUUCACAGCGAGCGCGAGGCGGUGACCAAAGGACCUGCAGCCCAGGAGGAAAACAUUUCAGGAUCUGUGAUGCGCCAGGACUACAGACACUGGAAUGUUCGCCCUGAGCCCAGCUGCAAGCCCAAGAACACGUAUCAUUGCCCUGAGGUUCCUUUUAACAAAAAGACCCAGUAUCAGAAGGACUUCAGAGCCUGGCCUAUCCCAAAGAGGGGAGAUCAUCCUUGGAUCCCCAAACCCUCUCUGACCAUCUCAGUGGGCAGUGACCGCAUCCCUGACAGAGCCAAACACACCUUAGAGAUGAUGGAGAUUGGGGUGGAAAAGAGCGAGAUUGCUGACAAGGUGCAUGAGAAGGAGAUCCUGUCUAGUGAAAGGAAAAAGAGACAAGUCAAGAAAGUGACCAUGGUUUCUGAAAAGAAAGCUGGUGUGAAGUUGGAUGGGCAGGGCGUGGGAGAUGCCCCUACUACAGAGGGUAAAGGGAGGGCAGCUGUGGAUGCUCUCAACCAGCAGAUCAAACAAGAAGUGUCCUCUGGCAGCUCCUACAGGACUGAGUUCAAAGCCUACACAGACGUAAAACCCAUGAAGCUCAUCAAGGCCCAGUCUCAGUAUCAUCCUCCCAAUGGGAAGACUGAUCAGGAGACCAGCUACAGCGCCACCUACAGGCCAUACCAGGCCACUCAGCAGCCAGAUGAAAACAAGGCCCUGGAAAGGAGGAGGAUACGCACACUGUACCAUGAACCUUACAGAGAGAGCCGAAAGGUGGAGAAAACCAGUCUUCCUCGCUCCAAACCCAAAAAGAGCACAGCUGCCACACCUGGCAAACUGCUGAAGAAGUCCAAGGAGAAGCAGGUGACAUCAUUGCGUGGUUCGAAGAAGAAGAGCUCCGAGAACCAGCCGGAGAGCAGAGCAGGGCAGGGCGACAAGGAGAAGAGUAAAGAGAUCAACAACAAACUGGCUGAGGCGAAAGAAGAAUCUGAGUCUGGCCUCGGACGAGUAAGCGAUUAUUAUUCCGCGGGAACCUCUGGAAGAGAACCACUGGUGGAACGACCAGAACCACGUCGGGGAGUAGUCCGGUUCGCGCCGGAUGUCAAGUACUGACACAAAGCACAUGUGAAAGAGGAAGGCAGCUAUAGACAGAACAAUGAAGUAAUGAGAAAUAUUUUAGAAAAUAUUUUUGCAGACAAAAUAAGAGACGUGUUCAAUUAGGCUAUUAUGUCACAGGUUAAGAUUAAAAAAAUGAGCUUCCUAAUGAGAAAAACAUCAACAAACCUGUGCUCCCAGACUGUUUGCAACAACUGAAAUGGUGCUAUUUUCUGUUUCAUGCUAUUUCUCAAAACAUAGUGUUGCCAAGUAGCAAAUAUCAUGGUUCAUUAAGUGCUUCCUUAAAUUAUAACAUACUGUUUAAAAGUAUAAUAAAUAUGAUUAAAUCAGUGCC